GUUAUGAAGCUGCCUCUCUAACACACCCCAGGCUGUCAGGCUGCCAGGCAGCGGGGGAGAACGAGGAGGAGGGAGGACCGAGGCUGCUGGGAAAAAGGAGAAGUGCUGAAGAGGAAAGAAAGGCAGGAAGACAGGAAGACUGGACAUUGAACCUGCUGCCACAAACAAACAGAGCAGGCAGAGGAAAAAUGGGAGCUGCCUAUGGAAAGAAGAAGGCGUACAGCAUCGACCACGAGCCUCCACCAAAGCAGCGGUGUGUGAAAAAUGGAAAGCUCCCAAACGGCCGAGCCUCAGCGUAUGCAGACCUGCAGCAGCACCGGUCCGAGGGCAUCCACAGGAAACCGUCCCCAGUCUCUAGCUACGUACCCCCGCCAGACUACCUGGAGGAAAAUGAGGAUGAUGACCUCAUAAAACCCAAGAAACUGGUGAAUCCUGUCAAAGCUUCAAAGAGUCACCAGGAGCUUCACAGAGAACUCAUGAGCAGCUACAAGAGGUACAAGAGCAUCAGAGGACGUCAGGGGACACUGAGGGGGGGGGUCAGUGUGGAGAUGAAGCCGGAGCUGCACCGAGUGCUGGAGUCCAGGAAACGAGAUCAGCUGAUCAAACAGAGGAAACAGGAAGAUGAAGCUCGGAGGAAGAUUUCACCUCUGGAGGCCGAACUGCUGAAGAGGCACAGGAAGCUGGAGGAGCAUGUCCUUAGUGUGUCUUCAACAUGUCCUCAGCAUCUGGAGAAGCAGCAGGAGAAGGAGCAGGAGGAAAACCUGAAAGCUCCGGAGUUUGUCAAAGUGAAGGAGAAUCUGAGACGGACGUCUUUCCACAGUAAAGAGGAGAAGGAGGUUUAGAGACGAAGCUGCUGCAGGAGACCAGACUGUCCAGGUUUACAGGACAUACUGAGGACACACUGAGGACAUGUUGAUGCCAGACUGAUGUUAGCUGAUGAAUAGCAAACAGGUACCUGAACAUACCUGGAGCAGGUGCAGCCUCAGAGACUCUCCUGUGUUGGUCACAUGGCACGUGAUGGACGAAUCAGAGUCAUCCUCUCAGAGGGACAUGAUGUCAGAGACGACGUAGAUCUGAGUUUUUAUUACUUCCUGUUUCAGAGACGUCUCUGGUUCCUGAUGAUGUGUCAGAGGUCAAAGGUCAAAGAUCAAAGCUUGUGCAGGCAAAAGAAGUUAACUACAACUCCCAGAAUGCAUUUAGACAAAAAACGUCCAAUCACUGAUGGCUGAGAUCAGACUUUACUGUUGAGACGAGGAGGUGAGUUCUCAUCUGACUGGCCCCGGAGGAUCGUGGGUACUGUAGUCUUUAGAACCUGGCGUCAGAGGACAGGAAGCUUCUCCCCACAACUACUAAAUAUUAACCACAUCUGAUGAGAGAAAUAUUUAAUUCAUAUCUGAGUUUUAUCAAAGGAUCUUUAUGAGAAACUGAAGUUAUCAUGAAGUCCUAGAAUCAUUAUUUUCUUGUUUUACAAGAUGUUAAAUCAGAUUUAUGAUCUAAAGACAUCAUAGACGAAGCUUCAUGUUUCCUUUUGUGAGCUUUUGUUUUUGAAUUUAUUAAAUCCUGAUUCUUGUUUUUAUUGUGACUAAAACAGUUUUUUUUCUGUUUCUAAUGAAGACGUUUGUUUAUGUUGAUGAGACUCUGAACAUUAACAUGAAAAUUAUUAAAGAAUAAAUCUGAGUCGACUCGAAGCCUUUAACAUAAAAUAACUUCUCUCACUCGUUAAACUGAAGCCUUAAUGAACUGAUCAAUCAAUCAAUCAAUCAAUCAAUCAUCAAACUGAACUUUAGACUUUAACUGUGUAAAUAAAGAUUGAAUCUGAACUGUUGUUAUUUUCUGAUUGUUCUGAAUAAAACUGACAAAUAAAUGACUGAUUCUCCUG